UCGGACAAGAAACACAAGAAACUGGUAUUCAUCAAUUACGAAGUUACAAAAUGUUUCUCGAGGAAAAGAAAAGGACAAACUACGCAUCAAUUUGCUUGAUCGUCUUCUUUUGCUGCGUUUUCGGUUUGGAACUCGCGAGAUUUGCAAAGUCUUACAGCAAAACCGCAAACUGGGAGCAUCCAUUCACGACAGCGAUUGAGAUCGCAACUAACAAUAAGGCCGAUCCGACAGUGCCGUGUAACAAUGCCGAGAAGAGUUCAUCCGAUCACACGAGGAAGACGGUCGCGGCCCGCGCCGAUUCUCAGAGAGAACGUCCGCCGUCUACUUACUGCGUGAAGAUCGGUUCUUUCACGAAACUCGCCGACUCUCUCAAGGACGGAAAGUACGAAUCUCGCCCUUUCCGCGUCGGCGGACACAACUGGACGCUUAUAAUGUACCCGAAAGGGAACAAGGACGACAGCGCGAGCGGAUGGGUUUCUCUUUACGUCAAAAUAGACAAUUCGACACUCAUCGCCGAUCCAAGAGACGUAUAUGCUGAAAUCAAGUUCUUCAUAUACAACACGAACGUGGACAAGUACUACACUUACCGAGAAACCGAACCGAGAAGGUUUCAUCUGUUCAACACAAUGUGGGGAUAUCCCAAGGUCCAGACGUACGACGUAGUUCGCAAUCCGGCCUACGGGUACGUUUUCGACGGAGAUCAGCUCGUGUUCGGUGUCGACGUCUUCGUCGCUCCGGACUUCGACAAGUGGGAAGUCACUUCCUUCGCUCAGAACUUCCACGAACCCAAAUACACGUGGGGGCUUCGCCAUUUCUCAUCUCUUGACGACGAGUUUUACGUAUCGGAGGAUUUCUACAGAGCCGGAAGGAAUUGGUACUUGAAAAUAUAUCCCAAUGGUGACGGAAUCGGGAGGGGCAAUUCAUUAUCUAUGUACAUUGUUGCUUGUAACACUAUGCCCUAUGAAAAGAUGUACCUUCGAGCCAAGCUGCGAGUUCUCGACCAACGCAAUUCUAAUUCCACGCAUGCGGAAAAGCUAGUUGAUAGCUGGUCGGACACACCGGGAAAAGGCUGGGGAUUUCCGCAGUUUAUAUCUUUCUCGGAUCUGAGAAACUCCUCCAAGGGUUUCGUCGUGGACAACACGUUGAAGGUCGAGGUCGAGUUCUUGGAAUUUACUAAGACCGAUUACUUCCCGAGCAAGGUUUUGGACUAAUGGGGAGAACAAUAAGAGCUUUCAUGCCAUUUGAAUAAGUUUGUGAUUGAAAUUAAGUGAUUCAGUUCUCGGUUGUUUCUCAAGGGCGAUGAAUGAGUUCAAACCAUGCUUUUGUAUA